AUGUCCAGACGCAGCGUUCGCAUGACACUUCAAGCCAGAGAUUCUAAUACGCCCCAACCGACAGUCCGACCCCCUCUGAAGAAGAGAAAGUCAGAGCCUUCUAAGAAAAAGCUACAACCUGCUGCCAAAAAACAAAACUAUGAAAUACAGAAGUGCUGGUUGGAGGAUGGUGCAAGUCCAUGCGUUCUCAUUGAAACUCCCCACAAAGAGCUGCAGCCCUCUGACUCAUCCAGUUUUAAACAGUACAGAUUCAAGAAUCUUUUCAUCAAGGCCUCCCCGAUCCCAUGUCUCAGCUGGGCAAGUUCAGACGAUGUAUGGAUAAAAAUGCUCAACAAGGAGCUGAAGUAUGUUCACGAUAAAGGCUACCUGCAGCGGCACCCCAAGCUGCAGCCCAAGAUGAGGGCGAUCUUGUUGGACUGGCUCCUGGAGGUGAGCGAGGUGUACAACCUCCACAGGCAAACGGCGUACCUCGCCCAGGACUACUUCGACCGCUUCAUGCUGACCCAGGAGGACGUCAGCAAAGAUCUCCUGCAGCUCAUCGGCAUCACGGCGCUCUUCAUCGCCUCAAAGAUAGAAGAAAUCUAUCCUCCUAAAAUCUGCGAGUUUGCCUACGUCACAGACGGAGCGUGCGACAUGUGGGACAUCCAGCGCAUUGAGCUCCAGAUAUUAAAGGCGUUGGACUGGAACUUGUGUCCAGAGACGCCCAUCUCCUGGUUGAAGCUGUAUGCUCAGGUGGAAGCCCAGAAGGAUGGAGAGAACUUCCUGGAGCCUCAGUUCUGUCAGGAAACGUACAUCCAGAUUACCCAGCUGUUGGAUCUGUGCAUGAUGGACGUCGGCUCGUUGGACUUCAGCUACAGUGUUCUCGCUGCUGCUGCCUUCUGCCACUUCUCUUCUUUUGACGUUGUUCAUAAAGUCUCAGGCUUGACGUGGGACGGUGUUUUUCCUUGUUAUCAGUGGAUGAGUCCCUUCAUGGAGACGCUGCGUUCGGAAGACGAACCUCAACUCAAGAACUUCCCCAAAGUGAAAAGUGACGACAGACACAACAUCCAGACACACGUGGCCUAUCUGGACCUGCUGAGGAAAGCUCAGGAGCGUCAGGUUGACGCCCCAGAUUGUCAGCUGUCGCCUGUUGCCGUGGGAACAGUCCUCACCCCGCCCAGCAGCGCAGAGAAAUCUGUUAGUCCCUGA